AUGACCAGGCCAAAAAAAAGAAUUAGAUGGACGGAAGCAGUGCCAUUGGACAACAGAGUUAACGUUCCUGAAGAUAUCAUCCACGACAUCCUGCUGUUGUUGCCCAUCAGAUCUCUACUCACAUGCACCGCAGUGUGCAAAUCAUGGAGGUCUCUAAUCCAAAGCUCUGCCUUCAUCCACACCCGCCUCAACCGCACGAUUCAAUCCAACAAGCAAAAUGAGGAUGCUCAGCUCCUACUGAUUAACUAUUACAGCAACAGAGAAAAAGCACUUAUUUUCUCACUGCAUUGGGAUAAUAGCUCUUCUUUCAGUGAGUAUUCCAAGCUUAUAAAUCCAUUCGUAGCUGAUUACAAUCAAAUUAAAGGAGGUCCUAGAAAGAAAUAUUGCUACAAAGAGGUGGUCGGAACGUGUAACGGACUCGUAUGCCUGAAUGAUUAUGACACUGCCCCAUUAAUUUGGAACCCUUGUAUUAGGAAGUUUGUGAUUUUGCCUCCGCCUAGUGUUAACUUAAUGGACGUUAAGGUUAAAUGCCACCCAAAUUACUAUAAAUCGGUUUAUGCAUUUGGAUACGAUUCACUUACGAACGACUAUAAGGUUUUGAGAUGUGUUGGUUGUUAUCACGGCUUUAGGCGUGCAGUUGAGAUUUGGUCCUUAUCCAGCGCCUCCUGGAAGAGGCUUAGUGAUGAUAUUGUUCCUGCAAAAUUCUCGCUUGGAGAAUUUACUCAAAGGCACGCUGCUUUUCUUAAUGGUGUUCUACAUUGGAUUCACAGGGAGGAGGAAAUCUGUUUCAUUGUGUCAUUUGAUUUGUCCACUGAAUUAUUUGGCAAGAUCCUCAUGCCCGAAGCAGCUGUGAGGAGUAAGAAGUCGUACGCCACCCAUGGCGUAUACGUGAGAAAAGAGGUUUCCGAUCUUUCAAGAUACCGGGACUCGCUUGCUUUUUUUGAGUUUCGUCAGAAAGAUAUGAAAUGUGUUCGUGUUCACAUGUGGGUGAUGAAAGAGUAUGGUGUUGCAGGAUCCUGGGCUAAAUUAUUCACUAUAUCCCCGCAAGAGGUUGUGAUCAGGGCGCUUGGUUUCAGAAAGAGUGGCCAAGUAGUGCUCGAGUUGCAUCCGUUUGGGCGUGGUGGACAAUUUUGUUGUCGGUCGAUGGACCCUAACACCAAACAAUUUGAGGAUUUUCGAGUAGAAGGGAGCUGCACCAAGUCCUACCUCUUCAUGGAUUCUUUUGUAGAGAGCAUUGUUUUACUUGAUCGACCCAAUGCUAUUUCAUACUAG